ACAAGAUGGCGUAUGUGGUUGUUUUGCUGCAAUGAUACCGAACGAUUUACAAUAUUAUUCAUCUAAAUUCGCUCAGAUUGUAUUAGUGUGAUAGCUUUGUAAGUGUUUGUUAGACGACACGAAGCCACAGAAUAUCCGACAUGAAAGGUAAAGAACGGUCGCCCGUGAAAAAGCGUUCUAGGGCCUUGGAUGAUAUACGAGACAGGGGAGGAAGCCACCCAACCAGCAAGAAAAUGGGGGUUAUUUCUAUUUCUGGUGGAAGCAACAAUGGAAAUAGUUCGAAUAAAAGUGAAGGAGGUUCGGCAAGAAGGAGUUUACUUGUCGAUAAGAGAGAGAGUCGGGACUUCGACGGACAUGUUUCGAGUCGCAGUGGGAACAACCAUAGUUAUACUAGCCCCGUUGCUAGCGCUAGCAGCAAGAACCACAACUCAAGCUUGUCGCUCGAGCCAGCUGUGAGGAGCAAUUCUCGUGCAGAUCAACGAACACAGCUCCCUGCUAACGAAAGUGAGUACAAAACUCUCAAAAUAAGUGAAUUAGGAUCACAGCUCAGCGACGAAGAAAUCGAAGACGGGUUGUUCCAUGAGUUCAAAAAAUUCGGUGACGUAAGUGUUAAAAUUAGCCGCGUCAACGACGAAAGAAUUGCUUUUGUGAACUUCAGAAGACCGGAUGAUGCCAGAGCAGCGAAACAUGCACGAGGCCGGUUGGUAUUGUAUGAUCGUCCUUUGAAAAUUGAGGCGGUGUAUAUGAACAGGAGGAGAAGUCGAUCUCCAGUGGAGAAAGACCACUUUUCUGCAGUGGCUGGCCAUAGACAUUUGCACACCCAGAGGCCUCUAUCCCCAACUGGACUAGGUUAUAGGGACUACAGGUUACAGCAGUUGGCUCUUGGCCGACUUCCUCCACCUCCACCCCCACCCUUACCCAGAGAUCUAGAAAGAGAAAGAGAAUUUGCCUUUUAUGAAGCAAGAGCAAGACCUGCUUACAUUGCUGAGCGGGCUGCUGCUGCAUUCCGUGAGGAGGAUUUUAUCUCUCCAGAGGAUGACCAAAGAGCAAAUCGAACUUUGUUUUUGGGUAAUUUAGAUAUAACGGUCACAGAGAGUGAUUUAAGAAGAGCUUUUGACAGGUUUGGGGCCAUCACUGAGGUGGACAUCAAGAGACCCACUCGGGGCCAAAACAGCACAUAUGGCUUCCUUAAGUUUGAGAACUUGGACAUGGCACACAGAGCAAAGAUCAGCAUGUCUGGGAAAGUUGUUGGCCGAAAUGCCAUCAAAAUUGGUUAUGGGAAAGCUACCCCGACAACGCGUCUCUGGGUGGGGGGUCUUGGACCUUGGGUUCCCUUGGCUGCAUUAGCGAGGGAAUUUGACCGCUUUGGCACUAUUAGGACUAUAGACUACAGAAAAGGGGACACGUGGGCCUAUAUUCAGUAUGAGAGCCUUGAUGCAGCACAGGCAGCCUGCACCCACAUGCGUGGCUUUCCCCUUGGAGGCCCUGACAGACGCCUGCGAGUGGACUUUGCUGACACAGAGCACCGCUACCAGCAGCAGUUUUUACAGCCCCUCCCUCUGCCCCACUAUGAUGUCGUGGCUGAGUCCUUUGUCCACCGUGCCACUCCUGAAGCCAUCAGGGUCAGGGAAAGGACUCCACCACCAUUGCACUUUAGAGAAAGGGAGCUCUAUGCCAGUGCUGAGUGGCCAGCUCCUGCUAUUCGGGAACGUGUAAGGACUCCUGCGUUUGAACCUCUGGAUCACUUGGAACGCGAGCGGCGGCCAAGGGAGCCCUGGUCCCUGGAGCGGGAGCUGCCGGGCAGAGACCCUGUCCGCAAGCGGCGCCUCCUGGAGGAUGGGCGCCAUUUGGAGUGCUCUCCAGACAGCAGUAGUGAGUGGGCAGCUCGCCGGCGUAGGCCCCCCUCUGUGGAGGGCAGCCCAGGUGGCAGCAGCCGCGACGGACGCUUCAGCGACUCUGAGCGGCCUGUGAGGUCAGAGCGGCCCUCGCCUGUACGUGAGCGGCGUGGCAGCCUAGACAGGGCGCCAGGGGAGAAGCGCCUUAAGAGCAGCAGCAGUCUGUCUGAAUCCAGCGUCGGUACGAGCCCUCUGGAGAGGAAGCGAAAGGCAGGGGAGGCCAACAAAGGCCUCUCGAAGCGGGAGCGUGCCGAAGCCACCACCAAGGGUGGCCAGUCAUCCAAGCAAGACCCCUGCGGCAAGCUGAGUAUGGCCUGGACUGGCAUGCUGCUGCUGAAGAACAGCAACUUCCCUGCCAGCAUGCACAUCCUGGAGGGCGACGUGGGCGUGGCCAACAGCCUCCUCGUUGAUGGAAGUACCGGCGGCAAGGUCACCCAGCUCCGCAUCACUCAGCGUCUUCGCCUCGACCAGCCAAAGAUGGAUGAGGUUUCACGUCGCAUCAAGGUUGCCGGCCCGGGGGGGUACGCGAUUCUGCUGGCAGUGCCUGGCAGCUCCGAUGACGUGUCUUCGUCUUCUUCCUCUUCGGACCCGGCGGCAUCGACACAGCGGCCCCUGCGCAACCUGGUCUCGUAUCUGAAGCAAAAGCAGGCGGCUGGAGUCAUCAGCUUGCCUGUUGGGGGCAGUCGUGAUAAGGACAACACAGGCGUGCUCCAUGCGUUUCCGCCCUGUGAUUUCUCUCAGCAGUUCUUAGAUUCCCCUGCGAAAGCUCUUGCCAAAACAGAAGAGGACUACCUGGUCAUGAUCAUUGUCCGUGGAGCAUCUUAACAAUUAGAACACACACGCACACACACACACACACAUUCAUGGAAAAAUAAUUGUUUAAAAAAAGUCUCAAUUGCAUGCUGUGUAAAGCCUGGUUAAGCAACUAGCCUUUAGUUUAAAGGGGUAAAGGGGUACGUGUCAUCUGUUCUGCUAAAUACAAUGCAUGAAAAAAAUGUCUUACAGAGCAUAAUUGGUUUUCAUAUUGCAGUGUUUGCUUAACAUUGCAAGUAGAGUAUUUGUCCAAACCAAAUCAUUUUUUGUGCUAAUAUACAGCUGUAUGAGAGUGGGUGAUAAAAGGCAAGACAAGUAAACUGAAUUAGAAAACUGAAUAUUUACUAGUACACACUUUACUGUUGAGACACCUGUUCAUUUUUGCUUAGCAAUUAGAUUGCAAGCUGUUCCCCUUAUAUAUGAUAAUAUAAAUGUCCAUUUAGUUUGUGUAGGUAUAUACAUUUCUUUGAUUUGAAGGGGGUAAUUGAGUUAUUGUGAUUUAAUGCUUGGAACAAUCAGUUGAACAAGUUGUUGAUGAAAGUGUAACGUAAGCCUAGGUGUGUAGUUCUGUAGACACCUAGAAGUUAUCACAAUAUUUCUUAGAACUGCAUGUUGACUCGUGUCUUGUUUUGAAACCACGGCAGAGGUAUUCAUGUCCAAGGUUCUGCGUAAUAUAGGCUAAUGUUGUAUACCAUGAUGAUAGUCUAGUAUUGAAGUGUUCCUCAUCCAAACAGACCUGGUUAAGCAGCUAAUGAAGCAAAAGAUUAAUUUUUGCAAGAUUUAAUUAUGCAUGUCAAAGACCUGUCAUAACCCUAGUUAAUUUUAUGGCCUACUUUUUUUUUUUAAAUUUUUUUUUAAUUUUUAUUUUAUUUUUUUAGAAACAUGUUUAAAAAUCAUCAGACCAAUGCACAGCUUAUAUGUUUGAAUUUAUAAGGGAUAUACAGACAUGUUCUUUGUACCAUACUGUCAUACUGGUAACAUUGAAGCAUCCUGUUGGUGUGAGAUAUGGUUUCUCUCAUCUUAAGGUUAUAUAGUAUUUUUUGUCAGGGUCAUUUUAGAUUCUAAAAGUAGUUGUGUGGUGGCAUUUCCCAUUGCUUUUUUCUUAUUCUUCCCCACCAAGUAGUUGAUUAUCUGCGUUUAAAGUAAUUUAGUUAAAACAAUAGUUUCUACUGUUUUUGAUGCUUUUACUAUUUUUUUUUUUUUUAGUAAUCUCUCUUUUGGGAGAAACCUAAAGUCAAAAAAAUAUAUUUUUUUUAUAGGAUAGCAAUAUUAAUACCCAUUCAAUAAACAUUGCUGUCCUAUCUCCCGAAGUAAUUGGCCAGUGUUGUCAUACAUGCCACAUUAAUGGCAUUGAGAAAGCUUUGGUGCUGUUAAAUUGAUAUAGGGUACAAAAAUAAUUGGAAAACAGUUCCUUGUGAUUUAAUUAAAUGUAAUGUAAUUAGUAAUGUAAUCCUGCCAAUGAUAUAUUUUACAUAUAUUAACGUACUUUAGUUAUCAGUGUAGAUCAUAACUUAAGAUGGGCUGCACAGUUAGAAAGAAAUAAUUUUAGUUGUUUGGUACCUUUUAAUGCAUCAUCAAAGCAUGCUUGGCCAUGGGUUUGGUUUGUUUGGUUUUUUUGUUUGUUUGUUUUUGUUUAUUUGGUUUUUUUGUUUUUGUUUUUUUAAAUACCUCCCCAGAAAAACACUGGGAAGCUCUGAACAUGGCAGGAUCAUGUUCCAUGCAAUCUCAAUGUAGUUUGUAAUUUUCAAUUGUCAGUGUCCUACAGCCAGUCGGCAUGAAUUAACUGUAGAUGUAAUAUGCCUAAUUGUGCAGCCCCAUAUUUAAGUAUGUAUCAAAUUGAAUGGUCAUCAGUUAUGUUUCGGUUGUCUCAAUAUUAUGACGCACGUUGUUUCAUAUAGUUUCAGAAUGAUAGACUAUACCACAUUUGUUCUAAACCCCAAAUCAAACUUAUUUUUUGUCUUUGCCCUUUUGAUCACUGUUGAUUAGUGCAGUAUAAGGGGUCUGACUAUUAACAAAUGUGUAGGUGUCUUCUGUAUUAUAGUUUUAUCCUUUUUAAAAUCACACUAAAUUGCAUUUUAAAACUGAUUGGUUUGUGAAUUAAGAUGAUGAUUUCUAAACUGCUGUAUAUGUAUAAAUGAUUGGAUAUACUGUACCUUCAGUAAACAGCUCACAGGAGAUAAGGACCAUUGCGCCAGAGAACUUCCCAUGGCUGGAGUCAAAAAUGAUUGUUUGAAUUGAUACAAGAGCCCUUUGGAUGCAGAGGGGCAAGAGCUUUCCAUUUAGUGAUUGUGUAUUCUUGCUGAGAGAGCAGCUUCACACUUGUGUAAUUGUUUUCUCUUUUUUGUGCUUACAGUUCCCAUAUUUAAACGGAAAUAUGACCCUCUUGCUUUGUGCUGUGUUUACCUGAUUUCUUGAAGGAGAAAAAAAGGAAUCGUUCGUUCACACCACGCACAGCUAAGACGUAGCUGUCCAUAUACACACAAAGUGCACGGGCACUUAUUUGAUUUUGUCUUGCUGUCAAUAAAUUGUUUCAAUUGAGGGAGAAAUGUUCAUUCGUUGGAAGUGAAUUGGAGAACAUCUCCCACUGCUUUUCGGUUAUGUUUCGAUGGAAUUGUUGCUGAUUGAUUGUUACUGCUCAGGAAAGAGAAAUCCCCCAUGCUCAUGCGCCAGGAUCAGGGAUGACCAUAGGAACCAAGGGCCAGAGUGCUUCUGUUGUGUUGAUGAUCAGUGUUUUCCAAACUUGUGUCCUGGAGUUGCCCGACUGGCUAAUUAACAGCCCCAUUUGUGCAAACUCCUCCCCUGAGCCCCUCACCCACCCCACCCUACUCCCAGGGGAAGUGAGAGCAGAGAGGGGCGGGUUUUUGCUGCCAUGCAUUUGUGAAUGUAGCGGGGUUCUGCCCUGCUGCUGACCAAGGUCAGAGGAGAGAUUGAUUGCGCAGACCUUCGACUAAGCUGAGAUUUUGGUUGCAGUGCUGCUGCUGGCAUCCUGAAGCUCCGAGGCGUGGUCUCUGGUUCCUGCCGCAAGCCACCCCACAUGUGCGCCAGCUGGGAGCGUCCAGGCCUGCGAUUACCUGGCUGGCCACACUGCUGCUGCCUGCUUUGCGUUGCCAGCACAACCACCCGCAAGGCUGAAUUUGAAUGGUGUCCGUUUCAGAGGAACAGGCAUUUGUUUAUCCCCAUGCUUUGAUUUCUACAGAUUUGGUUUUAUUUUUCACCCCUUUGAAAAAUCAGUGAAGGAAGAGGAUUUCCAUGAUCAGAAAAAGGAGAGCAAUAUAGAAAGUAAAAAAGCACUUUUAGGCCAAUGUUUUAUUGACCUUGAAGGGAGUCUGAUAGUUUUGUCUUCCUGCAUCUUUAUUUGUCAAAGAAGCUUUAAACGUACACCUUUUCAGUGUUAAAUUGACCGUCCUUCAAUGAGGAAUUCCUGAAUGAAAUUCAAGUGUGGCCAACUAGACUGCCAGUUUCCUCAAACUGCACAAAAGUUAACAUGUGGAGGAGCUUGCUUGCCAGGAGCUCCAGCUGGAGAGUGAGAGCGAACAUCCCUCCUUUAGUAAGAUGUCUGUUCACCUUCAUCAGCCCUUCAUCAGGUCAUCCAGAAGUAAGGACCUUGGGCUUGAGUGCCAACCAGGUGGCGGUGAGUAGGGGUAGCACUCUUCAUGCCAGGGCCUGUUCUCAAAGCCUACCUGGUAAAGGUAAGUAUCAGUUUAGGACAGUAUUACUGUGACCUGUAGUGGAUUUAUGUUUACUUUAGACCCUCAAGUGUUGAUUCCAAAAGUUUUUAACUUAGCCUCAUGCAUUUUUUUUUUUUUUUUUUUUUUUUUUUUUUUUUUUCUCCCCCCAAGGAUGAUGUAAGGGCUAAACAUUUAGCACAGACAAACACCAUUUUUCAGUGUUCAAGUUCUCAACUCAAAGUCAAAUACAUUUACUGGUCAUAGGUUUAAUCUACACUUAAAUCUCUGGACAUGAAACUUUGUCUUUCAUAUUUAACCAUUGCUGUAUCUUGGAAGUGAUUGUGGGGGAUAACAUGGUUUGGAGGAGGUAAGUCAUUAAGCCAAAUCUUGGACUAAAAAGGGUUGGCUGUAAGUGUAAUACCACCAUCACUGCAGUUCACACUAGGAGCAGGGUUACAUUUUUAGUUGGCAUUAGGCUUUUUGUGGAACUCCCUGAAUGUUGAUUCCUCCACGAAAAUACUUUUUAAUCUGAAGUUUUUGUUUGCUCAGGCUGCAGUUCUUCAUGAUUGCAUCUUGCAGCUCAAAACAAACAGUUCAUGGAGUACCUAUUUUGGGAUAUUUUUUUAUGUGCUCAAAAAUUUAAAUGCACAAACCUCCAUUUGGAAUAUUAGCCUUGCAAUAGAAGUUGAGAGAUUUCACCAAAUUCAAAUCCUCAGAUAAUUUAACCAAGCAUAAUGUAGUUAUGCUGCAUUUAAUGGUCUGUGCUAUUAGAGCAACACAUCACUAAUACUAAAUUAAGAUGUGACUAGCCAAGAUCCCCUUGGUUUGUACACUUUGUACACUGAUCACUAGUUUAGAUGACCCUCUGGUAAGAGGACAGUUAUAUCUAAAUGUGUUUCCUUAGUAUAUUUAAUCUCUUAUGGUAUUAAUUAUGUACACACUGGAAACUGACAGAGGCUACAUAUUUAUUUCAAAUAAAUAAAUAGAUAGUGGAAAUAAAAUCUGAAUCUCAAAUUGAUGAUCACUGUCUUGAUGUACAGACUUUAAGAUAAAUGGGGAAAAAUCCGUAGGAAAUUAAAUGCAUUUCUGUAACAAAAAACGAAUGGCUUAGUUCUCUUGCUUAAUUAUGCAAUUAUGCUACAGCCACAGAAAUAGGGCACUAAGUCGAAUAUUUUUUAAUCAAUUAUUAAUCUAAACCAGAUUUAACUUUGCAACUUUAUCUCUUCUCUGUAUUUCAUCUAUCUUUAUAUUCUGAGUAGAAUCUUAGCAUUGUGCAUAUGUUAUAUGCAAAGCACACUGAAUAGAAUCACUGAACUAAUCUCAUGACUUCUGUUGACAUGGAAAAAAAUGCAGAUUACAAUGUUUUAUAGAAAACAUCAGUAUUUCAGGCUACACUGUAAGAGGUGUCCAGAAUGUGUUUGACUAGAAUAUGUAUUUUAUUGAUCUUGAAAAGGGAUGAAUCAGGUAACUGUAAUCUUGAAAGGCAAUAUAUGGUUUACUUUGUUUGAUAUAACACUUUGUACUCUGCUAUUAUGUUUUACUUGAGAACCCAUUUUGAAGGCAGUAUGAUGUUUGUAAGGCUAGCUAACCUUCACACAAUAGUCUUGAGAGUAAUAAUAUUAUACAGUGAAUAAAGCAGUGGGGGUGGGUGGUGGACUGUAUAUCAGUGUUAGCUGGACACAAUUUACACUAGUUAAUACAGCUUUACAAUCUAGGCCAAAAGAAGGCAGGGUAUGGUUGUGUAGUACUAUAAUGUGUGAAUUCCUGUCUUUAUGAUUAUUUUUCUUACUGUGUCUUUUUACUAAUGAGGGUAACAAAUCAAUUCUAAUUAUGAUUUAAAGUAUUACAAAAUGAAAUGUAUAAAGCAAGUAAGGAAUAUGCACGAUAACUUAAAUUAUCUACUCAUCUUUAGUGUCCAUGUUUUCAGACUAAAUACCGAUUGCUUGUACUUGUCUUCACAUAUCAGUUAUUGAACUGUUUUAUCUCCACAGUACCACUCCAGCUCUGGAUCUGACCUCAUUUUUGUUUGGUAUUGGACUGCAGGUUCUGCCACCCUCAGGACUGAAAUCAGUGCAUUAAAUCCUUUAAUCUGUAUCUUGAAGUAAGAAGAACUAUAUUAUAUUGAGAUUAUCUAGACCUUUGUAAAUACUCCUAUGCUACACUUGUCAGUCAAAUCUGAUGUGAUUGUCAUUUAAUUUUCUAAUUGUUGGCUUGAAUUCUGAAUAGUGGUCACAACUAAGUACUUUUCAGAUCUUUUUUUUUUUUUUUGUAAUACAUUCAUAUUUACUACUAAUAAUUUAAUUUGCCAGCACUUCAUGCUUUCUGAGUGUAGCAUCGCUCCAGUCAUUAGAAGCGUAUAGGAUGAAGCCCCUUCGUGACGGCUGGGAAGUGCUGCAGAUGUGACUCAUCUGUCACACUGGAGGUCUGUGAAAUUAUGGUCAGAUAUAACUAUUGCUCAGUAAUCAAGGUAUAAAAUAGUAUGGUAAAAAAAAAUCGAAUUAACAAUUGGAUCACUGUCAGAGUGAAGCCUGUGAGACUUUCCGAGCAUCUAGAUGAUCUAAUGUUGAAAAUGGUAGUCGGUCUUGUCUUAUUUUACAGGCUAAAGGAUUGGGUUAACUUCAUCAUUAGUUAACCUCGUUAUAAAACCAUGUUUCCUUCUUUGUUCACUAAUGCUCUACAUGGAAUCCUUUUCAGGACAUUUGUGAAGGACAAUAUGGCUGCAAGGAUGCAGUGGAGAUUUGAUCUACUUGCCCACUCUUGUGAACCUGGUUUCAUGUAUUGGGACUGGGGUUGGAUUGUGAACACCAUUACAUCUCCUAUGAAGUCAUCUAAGAAUUAUGGUAUAUCACUUGCGUCAAAACUGUAAGUACGCUUUAUUUACUCUGGAUUUGAAACUGAAAUGGUAGAUAAUAGCCUACUUUUUCUAAACCCCAGAUAAUUAACACACUUUUGACGUGUUAAAAGUUUGAAGCGUUUUAUGUACAUCUUUUGAUAAUGGUAUUUGCCCAUAUUUAUUACUGGUAGUUAUUUGAGUACGUAUACUCAUAUGCGUAAUCAUGUCGGUAACAUCUAGGACUGCAAAUACCUCUUAAGGUAUAUUAUGGCUGGAUGUAUGUUUAUCUCAUAUCAAUAAAAGAGCAAUGCUUUUGUACUAAA